GACAACAAAACACGUGUUUUUAUAACAAUAACAAUAUUUUAAGAUUCUAAGAGAAAAUUUGGUCGUAAUGACUUCCCGUCUCCCUUUAGUAAUCAUUCUGGGUGCCACAGGUUCAGGAAAAACAAAAUUAUCUUUAGAAUUGGCCAAAAAAUUCUGUGGUGAAAUAAUUGGUGCCGAUUCUAUGCAAGUUUAUAAAGGUCUUGAUAUUAUUACUGCUAAAGCUACAAAAGAAGAACAGUCUGUGGCACCACAUCAUCUGAUAGAUAUUCUGGAUCCACAAGAUAUGUACACUGUGGUUCAGUAUAAGAAUAGAGCUUUAAGCGUUAUAGAUUCUUUGUUUAAUAAUAACAAGAUGCCUAUUGUAGUUGGAGGUACUAACUAUUAUAUAGAAUCUCUCUUAUGGAAAAUCCUGAUAGAUGAUGGAGAUUUUCAGAAAGUGGGAAGUCAGUUCUCAAAUAAUGAUCAUGAGUUAUCAAGUGAAGAAUUGCACAAGAAACUGAAGGUAUUAGAUCCACUAAUGGCAAAAAGACUUCAUCCAAAUAACAAAAGAAAGAUUCUAAGGUCCUUAGAAAUAUUGUAUAAGAAAGGAAAAAAGCACAGUGAACUUCUUGAGGAACAACAAAGUGCUAAGGAUAGUUCAAAAUCAGGAGGAGGUCUUCGUUUUACAAAUUCUUUAGUUUUGUGGCUCCAGUGUGAUCAGGAAGUGUUGGAUCAAAGACUGAAUGAUAGAGUAGAUGAUAUGUUGAAGCAGGGACUUUUAACAGAACUACUUGAGUUUCAUAAAGUGUACAAUCAGCAAAGACUACUAGCCAAUGACACACCUGACUACAGUAAAGGAAUUUUCCAAUCAAUUGGCUUUAAAGAAUUCCAUCCAUACCUGAUUUUGAACAAAGAAGAGCAAGAGUCAGAUGAAGGAAAGAAGAAACUGUAUGAAGGAAUUGAGCAGCUGAAAAUGGUGACAAGGAGAUAUGCUAGGAAACAGAAAAGGUGGAUUCUUAACAGGUUUCUUGGCAGAGAGGACAGAAAGAUACCACCUAUAUAUGGUUUGGAUACAUCAGAUGUUUCCAUGUGGGAAUCAAAAGUAAGCCAAAUUGCAGAGGAAAUAGUCAAUAGCUAUGUCAACAACACAACAUGCCCUCACAAGCCUUUACCAAAACAAAACCUUAACUCAGCCCCAAAUAGUGAAGACACUACAUACAAUUGUGAUGUGUGUGAAAGGGUGUUUGUGGGUGAUUUCCAAUGGACAACCCAUCUGAAGUCACAUAGGCACAGAAAGAGGUUAGAAAAGAAGAGAAAGUUGGAAAAAAUUAUGAAUCUUAAUGGUACUAGCAAUACUCCAGUAGUUAAUCAAGAAGUUUUGUGAUUAUAGAGAAGAAAUUCUGCAAUUUAGUCAUUAAAGUGUAAUAG